AUGGGAUCCCAAACUCCGGAAAAUGAGGGCCGUAGAAACCAGGGAGAACCAUCCAACUCAGAUGGAGCCUCUCACGGGGGUGGGGAGCCUCGGGGCUCGCAUACGUCUAGAGAUGGCGAUGGUUGUCUCGGAGACGCAGGAGGCGAGAGCGACGGCGACGGAGACGGCGAAGGUGGAGAAACAGGCCCAGUACCGCUAGAGGCACUCUUAUCAACUGAAGUGGGAGAUGCACAGAAGAAACGGAAGAAGCCCAGAAAGAAGAAGAAAAGGACAGCACCACUACUACCCGUACAGCAAUCAUCGCCACCAAGAGUCUUGUUGAGUGACCUCUUCCCGUCUGGGGACUAUCCUGAGGGGGAGGUGCAAAGCUACACCAAGACACGGACAGCGACCGCCGAAGCACGCUACGCCGCUCAUCAGCACUGGGAAGACAACGACUUUAUACAAAACUACCGUAAGGCCGCGGAAGUGCACCGCCAAGCUCGACGAUGGGUACAGGAAAGCGUCAAGCCCGGCCAGACCCUCCUGGACAUCGCCGAAGGAAUCGAGCAUAGCGUAAGAGCGCUGCUGGGUCAUGCUGGACUGGGGCCAGGAGAUAGCCUCAAGGCCGGCAUGGGCUUUCCCACUGGUCUCUCACUCAACCAUCAAGUCGCACACUACACGCCCAACCCCGGUCAGAAGGAUGUCGUGCUACAGCACCAGGACGUCAUGAAAGUUGACUUCGGUGUCCACAUCAACGGCUGGAUUGUCGACAGUGCUUUUACUAUGGCUUUUGACCCUACCUACGACAAUCUUCUAGCUGCUGUCAAGGAUGCCACGAACACAGGGGUAAAGACAGCUGGCAUCGACGUGCGUGUGUGCGAUGUUAGCGCUGCCAUCCAAGAAACGAUGGAGAGCUAUGAGGUUGAAAUCCGUGGCAAGACGUUCCCCAUCAAGCCAGUGCGGAAUCUCAGUGCACACGAUAUCAAGCGCUACCAUAUUCACGGCGGGAAGUCUAUACCAUUUGUGAAGAACUCAGACCAAACCAAGAUGGAGGAAGGCGAGGUCUUCGCCAUCGAGACCUUUGGCACGACGGGACGCGGCUACAUACGCGAUGAUGCGGGCAUAUACGGCUACGGGCUGAUUCAAGAUACUCCGCUGGCGGUACCAUUGCCCCUAGCUUCUGCGAGGCGUCUACACAAGACGAUCAGGGAGAAUUUCAGCACCUUGGUGUUCUGCCGUCGUUAUCUUGACCGACUUGGCUUAGAGAGGUAUCUGGCCGGCAUGAACUGUCUCAUCUCGAACGGCAUCGUAGAGUCGUAUCAACCUCUAGCGGAUAUCAAGGGGUCAUACUCGGCGCAAUUUGAACAUACUCUUCUCCUACGCGAGACUCACAAAGAAGUCCUUAGUCGCGGAGACGACUACUAA